AUGCGGAACAAGAAUCCGCUUUCUCCGUUCGGUUUCUGUUGGCGUGAUUCUGAAGGUUUGGAUCUGGAUAUCUGUGGUAAGUUCAUACUGCUGCACAUGGUUUGUAUGUAUGUAAUUUUAAAUUUGGUUUUUGUUUCAUUAUUUAUCUUCAGCUUCUUUGCUAUGGAAGACUCAGAUUCAGUUGCUACAUUGAUGGAUUCUACAACUUCUAAGAUACAGCAGCUGCAGAAGGCAUUUGCUGAACUUGAAAGUUAUCGGGCUGUUACUCUCAACAUGAAAUGGAAGGAACUAGAGGAGCAUUUCCAUGGUCUUGAGAAAUCCUUGAAAAGGCGCUUUCAUGAAUUAGAAGACCAAGAAAAAGAGUUCGAAAACAAGACAAUGAAGGCUCGUGAACUGUUGGAGAAGCGGGAAGCAGCUGUUUUUGCCAAGGAGCAAGCUUCGCUCCAAGGGCUUCAAGAGAAAAGAGACGCUGCUGUAUUUGCCAUUGUAAAUGCUCGAGAAAAGCACAGGAAGAUUUCAUCACGUGAAUUGGCUGCUGUUUCAAAUGGCUGUAAAGGAGGGAUACCAGGUGUGGAAAAGAAACCUCUGGAUACUUUGUCCACUGCUGCUGAGGGUAAUUUAGAAGAUGUAAAACUUCCUGAAAAUGGAAAUGUGGAGUUGAUAUCUUAUCCAGAGUUGGUGAAACUUUGCAAAGAGAUGGAUGCUUCUGGAAUUCACAAAUUCAUAUCUGAUAACCGUAAGAACCUUGCUGCUGUAAGGGAGGAAAUACCAAAUGCUUUAAGAGCUGCUCCUAAUGCUGCCCGUUUAGUUUUAGAUUCUCUGGAAGGAUUUUACUCUACUGAAGUGUCAAAUCAGGAUGUAAAGAAGGAUGCUAACUUAUUGGGUCUUCGCCGAACUUGUAUCAUGCUGAUGGAAUGUCUCUGUGAUUUCCUGAGCAACUCAAAUUUUGUUUCUAAUGUAAUUUCAGAAGAUAUCAAGGACAGGGCAAAGGCAGUUGCUGAAGAAUGGAAACCUAGAUUGGAUUCUCUUGACAUGGAUGCUAGUAAUGGGAAUUCCUUGGAGGCUCAUGCUUUUUUACAACUUGUAGCUAGUUUUGGUAUUGCCUCUGGUUUUGAUGAGGAGGAGUUAUCCAGAUUGAUUCCAAUGGUCUCUCGACGUCGCCAAACUGCCGAUUUAUGUCGUUUCCUUGGGCUUUCAGAUAAGAUGUCUGGUGUAAUUGAGGUUUUGGCGAACAGUGGGCGGCAAAUUGAUGCUGUUAACUUGGCUUAUGCAUUUGAUCUUACUGAACAAUUUUCUCCCGUUUCUUUACUGAAGUCUUACUUGAAAGAUGCAAGAAAACCUUCUUCUCCUGUUAAAAGUGUCAACUCAUCUCCCACUGCACAGAUUGAAGUGAAUGAACGAGAGCUGGUUGCUCUUAAGGCUGUAAUAAAAUGCAUUGAAGAACAUAAACUUGAAGAGCAGUAUCCUCUGGAUCCUCUCCAAAAACGAUUGGUGCAGUUAGAGAAGGCAAAAGCUGACAAGAAGAGAGAAACUGAAGCAACAAAACCUCAACCCAAGAGACCCCGUGCAAAUGGUGCGGGAUAUGUUCCACGUGUCACUAACAUCCCCUGUGAUAAAACUUCCUAUGCUAGAGUUGCUGACAGGUAUCCACAGUAUGUGUAUGACCGACCACCUUACAUGUACCCUGCGCCAACUGAUAAUCAUUGUCCCCCUCUCAUGAGCAAUGCAACGUAUAACAUCUCUCCCAGCCUUGGCAACUACUUUGGAAAUGGGUAUCAGUACCAAACCACUUAUCUCCACUAG